AGUUGCCUGGCCAGCAGCCGUGACUACGACCGGCUGCGGUUCUGCUGGGAAGGCUGGCGGGACGCGGUGGGCAGGAAGCUGAAGGACAAAUACUCACGCUUCGUGGAACUCACUAACGAUGCUGUCAGUCAAGAUGCUCAGAACUGGGCAGACACCGGUGCCUACUGGCGCUCCUGGUAUGACAUACCUGACUUUCAGGAGCAGCUUGAGAACCUGUACAACCAGCUCAAGCCUCUGUACAACAACCUGCACGCUUAUGUCAGGAAGAAGCUGAGGGAACAAUACGGAGAGGACAAGAUCAGUGCCACUGGACCCAUCCCUGCACAUGUGUUGGGUAACAUGUGGUCUCAAUCCUUUAUCAACAUUUACGACCUUGUGGAGCCUUACCCCAAUAAGACCAGUCUUGACGUGACACCAAAGAUGAAGGCAGAUGGAUGGACAGUUGAUCGGAUGUUCCGCACAUCAGACGACUUUUUCAAGGACAUGGGUCAAGUUGAGAUGCCGCAGAACUUCUGGGACAACUCCAUGUUUGUCAAACCAGCAGACAGAAACGUGGUCUGUCACGCGUCUGCAUGGGACUUCUACAACGCUCAUGACGUCAGGAUUAAGAUGUGUACUAACAUCAACAUGAUCGACCUGGUCACCAUCCACCACGAGAUGGGUCACAUCGAGUACUUCCUACAGUACAAGCAUCACCCCGUCCCGUUCCGGGGUGGAGCAAACCCCGGUUUCCAUGAAGCAGUGGGAGAUCUGCUGGCUCUGUCCGUGUCCACUCCGAGACACCUACAGAGCAUCGGCCUCUUGGACACUGUGGAAGACGACAACGAGUCUGACAUCAACUUUCUGAUGAGUAUGGCCCUGGACAAGGUUUCCUUCCUACCGUUCGGAUAUCUGAUGGACCAGUGGAGAUGGGGAGUUUUCAACGGAUCCAUCACCCCGGAAACCUACAAUCAGGAGUGGUGGAAACUCAGGACUCGUUACCAGGGUAUCGUGCCACCUGUCCCGAGGAACCACGCCAAAGAUUUUGACCCCGGAUGCAAAUUCCACAUCCCUGCCAACGUCCCUUACAUCAGGUACUUCGUGAGCUUCAUCCUUCAGUUCCAGUUCCACAAGGCCCUGUGUGAUACUUCCGGACACACCGGUCCGCUGCACAAGUGUGACAUCUCUGCAGGACCCAACAAGGCUGCCGCUGGGGAAAAAUUGGCCCGAAUGCUCCGGAUGGGAUCCAGUCAGGAGUGGCCAGAAGCCAUGGAGGCGAUCACCGGUGGACAGAGGGUGAUGUCUGCUCUGCCGCUCGUGGACUACUUCCAGCCACUCAUCACAUGGUUGGAGCAACAGAACCAGGGAGAGACACUCGGCUGGGAUGAAAGCUGGGCUCCUCCUUAUGACUGUGAGGCGACCGACGGCUUCACCUGUGCUGACGGGUCCAAGUGCAUCCGGCCAGGGGACCGCUGUGACGGAGUUAACGACUGCACUGACAACUCCGAUGAACGAGAUUGUCCCAAUAAGGAGCAAGAGGCAUGGGACUUCAUUUGGGACUACAACGCCAAAGCUGAGAAGGUCUAUUACGACACUGUAGUGGCCUAUUGGAACUUUAACACGAACCUCACACAGGAGAAUGCCCAGAAGCAGGUUGCAGCCAGCUUAGCGGUUGCCCAGUUCGGCAAAGAAGUGGCUCAAAAUGCCUCCAAGUUCGACUGGCAGAACUUCAACAAUGCAACGCUUAAGAGACUCUUCCAUAGCAUCAGCAGCCUUGGAACCGCAGCUCAGCAGGACCAGGCGAAGCUGGAGGAGCUCAACAAUAUAAUGUCUGAGAUGGACAACAUUUAUUCCACUGGGAAGGCGUGCGAGUAUGACGAUCCGUCAAACUGUAUGGCGCUGAACCCAGCGGUGCCAUUGGAGGUGAGAGGGGAUAUAAAUAAGAUUGACAUGAACGCUCUUCAAUGCUCAACGCCUUACCUAUCAACAUUUUUUCUGUGCACAGAUUUGUACAGUUGUCUGGCCAGCAGCCGUGACUACGACCGGCUGCGGUUCUGCUGGGAAGGCUGGCGGGACGCGGUGGGAAGACAGCUGAAGGACAAAUACUCACGUUUCGUGGAGCUCAGUAACGAUGCUGUCAGUCAAGAUGCUCAGAACUGGGCAGACACCGGUGCGUACUGGCGCUCCUGGUAUGACAUACCUGACUUUCAGGAGCAGCUUGAGAACCUGUACAACCAGCUCAAGCCUCUGUACAACAACCUGCACGCUUAUGUCAGGAAGAAGCUGAGGGAACAAUACGGAGAGGACAAGAUCAGUGCUACAGGACCUAUCCCUGCACACGUGUUGGGUAACAUGUGGUCUCAAUCUUGGAUCAACAUCUACGACCUUGUGGAGCCUUACCCUGGCAAGACCAGCCUUGAUGUGACACCAAAGAUGAAAGCAGAUGGAUGGACAGUUGAUCGGAUGUUCCGCACAUCAGACGACUUCUUUAAGGACAUGGGUCAAAUCGAAAUGCCGCAGAACUUCUGGAACAACUCCAUGUUUGUCAAACCCGCAGACAGAAACGUGGUCUGUCACGCGUCUGCAUGGGACUUCUACAACGCUCAUGACGUCAGGAUUAAGAUGUGCACUAACAUCAACAUGAUCGACCUGGUCACCAUCCACCACGAGAUGGGGCACAUCGAGUACUUCCUACAGUACAAGCAUCACCCCGUCCCGUUCCGGGGUGGAGCAAACCCGGGUUUCCAUGAAGCAGUGGGAGACCUGCUGGCACUGUCCGUGUCCACUACGAGACACCUACAGAGCAUCGGCCUCUUGGACACAGUGGAAGACGACAAUGAGUCUGACAUCAACUUCUUGAUGAGUAUGGCCCUGGACAAGGUUUCCUUCCUGCCGUUCGGAUAUCUGAUGGACCAGUGGAGAUGGGCGGUCUUCAACGGCUCUGUCACCCCUGAAACCUACAACCAGGAGUGGUGGAAACUCAGGACUCGUUACCAGGGUAUCGUGCCACCUGUCCCGAGGAACCACGCCAAAGAUUUUGACCCUGGAUGCAAAUUCCACAUCCCUGGCAACACCCCUUACAUCAGGUACUUCGUGAGCUUUAUCCUUCAGUUCCAGUUCCACAAGGCCCUGUGCGAUAUUUCCGGACACACCGGUCCGCUGCACAAGUGUGACAUCUCUGCAGGACCCAACAAGACGGCCGCUGGGGAAAAAUUGGCCCGAUUGCUCCAGAUGGGAUCCAGUCAGGAGUGGCCGGAAGCCAUGGAGGUGAUCACCGGUGGACAGAGGGUGAUGUCUGCUCAGCCGCUCGUGGACUACUUCCAACCACUCAUCACAUGGUUGGAGCAACAGAACCAGGGAGAGAUACCCGGUUGGGACGAAAGCUGGACUCCUCUUUAUGACUGUGAGGCGACCGACGGCUUCACCUGUGCUGACGGGUCCAAGUGCAUCCGGCCAGGGGACCGCUGUGACGGAGUUAACGACUGCGCUGAUAACUCCGAUGAACAGUAUUGUACUGUCGAUGACUGUGCCGGCGGCUUCACCUGUGCUGACGGGUCCAAGUGCAUCCGGCCAGGGGACCGCUGUGACGGAGUUAACGACUGUGAUGACAACUCCGAUGAAAAGAACUGUCCCGCUGCUUCGGCACAGAGUGUCACCGUUUCCAUGGCGACCACCUUCAUCUCAACUGUCGUCUGCAUUCUGCUCGCAAUUCUGAAUUAGAGACGUAAUUUCGGCUUGUCACAUAGUAGAAGCCGCUUAAUUGCACGGCCUUUUUGCUAGUGAAUUCUGUGCAAUUAUUCGACUGGUGCAAAAAUGCGAAGUUAUCUAGUUGAACCACACCGGUUUGGGAUUUUGUGAUUCCAUGCAGUUAACAGAAGUGUGCGUUAAUUCGUUGUGCAAUUGACAGGCUUCUACUGUACUAAUAAAACUACUGGUAUCAUAAUUCAUCUUUUGGUUCAGAAAAGAUAUGCAAAACUAACCUCUCUCUCGAGUUCAAACUAGUUUGAAGAAAUGUACUUUAAGUUAGAUUUUUGUGGUGAGUCAGGAUUACUUUAAAUAGUUACUUCUUAUAGCCUUUCAUGAUUUAAUUUUUUUUCAUUAGGUAAAGCCGGUGUACAAUAUUCUUGACAAUCGUUAAUAACUGUGCAUUAUUAUAGUGAUAUAUUUGCAUGACGAUAUCCCAGAACAAUUUAUCAAUUCUAUAAUGUAAGCAUGAGUUAUGGGGCCAUGAAGGUUUGAACUGAGUCCGGACAUAUUAGUAUAAUGAUAUUUGAUGUCAUCAUUCUUUUUUGGGGAUGCAUUUUAUUUGUUUUGUUGUCUUCAUUUUCAACCGAUCACAAAUACAACGAGAGAAAGGAUGCGUCAGUGUCCCAAAAUAGUUCAUUCUGGAAUCACAACUUUAAGAUCUGCCCUUAUCGUAACUUUAUUUGUGUAAUUUAGCCUUCUUUCUAGUACAGUAGAAGACGCUUAAUUGCACUCCGGAUCCCCAUUUGCCAGCACAUUCAAAUUAUCCAGAUGGUGCAACAAAACGAAGUUAUUCAGCUGGACCGCAUCACUACGGGGCUUUGGGAUUCCGUGCAAUUAACAGAAGUGUGCAGUUAUCCGUUGUGCAAUCAACUGGCUUCUACUGUAUUGGUACAUUUAUAGACCAGCCCUUUAGCCUAGACAGAUACGUUUCAAAAUGUAAAAUGGUCAAAAUUAAGUUGUUGAAAAUUUACCAAUAAAACUUGGUGGCUAGACUUGAACACUUUUGUUUCUAAUAUUAUAUUCAUUCACCCCGUUAGAUGUAGGCAGGGCUAGCAGCUGUAGUAUCUCGAUUUUUAUUAAAUCAUCAUAUUGCCAAAAUGUACUAUGAUUUAUCCACAUAUUGGAAAGCCAUUAGUUGCUACCAUUGCGGAAUAUAGAUCAUCUCUUUAAGCUAGUAAGUACGAUUUCAAGAAGUCAAUUGCAACAUCACUGUCAAGAAAACAAACUAGACUCUAGCUGAUGACGGAAAUCUCGUACGUUUCUUUCUGUUUUCCAGUGUAAGUUUGGUAUGAUAGUCAUAUAUUUGAGCGGUAAGCUGUAGCAGACUAAAUAAAUCAUAGAUAAUAAGAACCACAAUGCACUAUUCAUUUUUUUCACACAUAUCCCCCAUUGAAAACCCAACGAUUACUACAAUUGCAAAGGAUAAAACAUAUGUUACAAGUAUGCUGUUAAGUAGACGAACUUUUGUAUCACGUUCACGAAUAUAAAUCAUAUAUGUGAUUUGAGUGACACUUAUUUUCAUGGAAGACAUACAAGUCGUUUGACCCCGACCAAGUCCCAAAUAAGCGUAAAUAAACAUGUUAUUAUAUCUAGGCCUACUGCACCUUGUCCUUCAAUUAAAACAAUUCCACUGACUGUCGUUGUACGUCUUUAUGACUUAAUACAAUGAUCAUGAGAAGCACAUUUGGACAUUCUUGUGU